AACCUCACGCCUCUCUCUUGCUCACCCCCAAAACCCUUGAAAGCCAUUUUGGUUCAGAGCGAUUUUCUUUGAGAUUCAUACAGAUUCAUCAGAGCGAUUUCGAUUUGAAGGUCUGAAGCUUCACUAUGUCACUCUGUCUCUCUCUCUCUCUCUCUCUCUCUCUCUCUCUCUCUCGAUUCAUCCUUUGUUCUCUGAGAUACCGAUCUGAAGCUCUGAAGCUCUGGGUGAUUGCGAAGAGAGAAGAGGGUUGGUUUCGAUCGCAAAGGAAGUGAUCUCAGGAGAGGCUGUGUUUGAUUUCUCAGAUCGGUCUUAGAGCGAUUUCGAUUUUGAGAUUCAUCUCAGAGCGAUUUCAAUCUUGAAGCUCUCUCUCUCGAUUUGAAAGCUUCAUUGCGAGAUAUAUGUUCCAACAAAUCCUUGUGGUGGAGAGUCCUUACCUCCAGCAAUUGUAGUCUCUCAGUCCACUUUUUAUUUGCGAAGGCUAUGGGGUGAACCCAGUGAGCCGAAAUACUUGGUAACAUUCGCAGUUGGUUUGGAUUAGAGAAACAACAUUGAUGCAGCAGUUAAAAAGGUUACACAAAUGGACCAUUCCAUUAUAUGUAUUAUUGUUAUGAUGUUGCAAGUAGAGGUUUGUAAUCUUAUUUUAUUUUUUGAUAGUUUUCUGAGAAUUUUCAAAUUAUGCUUUUUCAUUAUGAUGGCUGGACAAGUGAAUGGCAUCAAUUUGAGUGGUCAAAGAGGGCCAUCCAUGUCAGUAUUCAAAUGACCAUUAUAAGAUUUGCUACCAGUUGUGUUUCUGCUGAGUGGAAAAAAUUCAUCAAAAACAAAAGGAUGGGAGUAAUUGAGGAGUUUGUGGAAAAAAUUCAUCAGAUUGAGGAGUUGCCACUACAAGAAUUUCAUGGCCACACUAGUGAUGUCUUGGACCUGGCAUGGUCCAAAUCUAAUUGUCUUCUUUCAUCAUCGAAGGAGAAAAUUGUUCAUCUAUGGCAAGUGGGCUGCAAUGAAUGUAUUAGUGUUUUCCAACACAAUGACUAUGAAGAGUCAACUGAUUGGUUGGAGGAAGGCGAGCUUCCAUUGGCAAAGGCAAAGGUGGUGUUGGGUGGAAGCAGUGGCCCGAACCACAGAUUGCCUGCGGAAGAGGUGGGUUGCAUCUACCACGUUUGUCUUCUUGUUGCUUCAGGUAACGAUUACUCUAGCCACAAGACUGCGGUCUGCCUUGGACAGUGACCAUGUCCUGUAGUGACUAGAGAUUUAGAGAGUCGCUAGAAGUCCAAUGGAAGCAACAACAAAGAGAUGACAACCAUAAUUUGGUGGCAUGCCAUCUUCUUGAAGGGGUGAUUACAAAUUUAGAGAGUCGCUAGAAGUCCAAUGGAAGCAACAGCAAAGAGAUGACAACCAUAAUUGGGUGGCAUGCCAUCUUCUUGAAGGGCUGAUUACAGAUUUAGAGAGUUGAGUAGAUAGUGUAAUGAGGUGGUAUUUAGUUGUUCUCCUUGAAAAUCUCUCAUAUUUUUCCAUUUUGGUGUAGGUUUCUUCCCUUGUGCUUCUUUAUUAGCAGUUAGUCAAGACCAACAAUUUCUAAAUUAGAAAAAUUCAACCACUGCAUAAAGCCUUGCAGUGUGAUAGGAGCCAAUCCCAUUUAUUUAUCUCAUUUGACUGGUGACGUGAAGGACCUUAUAGGCAUGCACAAGAUAGGAGCCAAUCCCAUUUAUUUAUCUCAUUUGAGUGUUUUUGCUCUGAAUGCAGACACAAAUUGAUUACAAGGUCAUAAACACAGACCAAUGGAUGGGUUUCUAUUGGUUUUGCAAUGAGGUAAUCCAAUGGUUAGUUGGUAAUUGUUAUUUUAGAAUUUAUAGAUAUCUUUUUUUUAGUUGAUCCUCUAGUGUAAAUUGACUGGUUGAUGUGUGUGAUACAUUUAAAAAUCCAUAAAGAUGUUGUAUAUUUGAUAUUACCUUUUUCUUUAUAAGUCAUGCAGACACAUGCACAUUAUUUAGUUUACUUUUUCUAGAAAUGGAAGUCUCUAGAGGGCAGACCGGGCUGUCCAUGUAAUUUUUAUAGAUGGAACUCUAGAGGCCAAGGGAAACCAUAAGGUGGGUUAAUAUUGAUCAGUUAGCCUUUUUGUGCAUUAUUCUUUCUUUGUUAUCUUUAUUCUUCCAUUUUGCGUUUAUUUUUGGGUGUUGUUCAUCUCUGUUCCUAUAAUUUCUUUUGGCCUUAAUGCAAAGCUGUGUUGAUGUUGUUUCUUAGGCUUGAUCUAUUAAAAAUUAAACAUUUUUUUAAUGUGUUUAUGCUUGUUAUUCAAAAAAUUAAAAGACAGCAGCGGAACUGUGGCGUUUAACUGACAGCAGCGGAACUGUGGAGUUUAACUGACAGCAGCUUCAAGCUUCUGUUUUAUGGCAUUUGGAAAACAUAUUCGUCCUUUUUUUGAAUGAACAUGUAGAAAUGUUUGCUUGUCCUUCUGUCGUCUAUUAAUGCAAGCAAAUGUAUUCCUGUGUGUUUUACCUUGUUUUGUUAUUGCAAUUUUCCACCAUAAACUGUGUUAUGUGGUACCUUAGUAGCAUUCUUAUGUUCUAACUUUUGCCUCACUUUGAAUUAUGUUAUUCAACAAAUUUAUAAUGUAUUUAUUUAUAUUUGCUUUGGGAUCAACAUACUUUUCCAGUAGACAAAUUGCUUGAUUGUCUUUCAAUUUUCUGAACACGACACGAUUUUUUGUUGUUAUUCCUCUACAUAACAUCUUAUAUGAAGGUGAAAGAUAUGUCCCUACAUUCAUUACAUUUUUGUUCCCAGCGUCUGAGCAAAACUUCUGGAAAAAAAAUAAAAUAAUUACCAUAACCAGAAAUAUGAAUGACUUACAACAACAUUGUUUUACUUUUCCACUGUAGCCAAUUAUUGUUGUAGGCUGUAGAUUGCAGCUGGACCAUUGCAUACUACCUAUUUUGAAAAGUAUUCCUUAUGGUUAAAUUUCCUUUUUUCACAACUCAAACUUGACUCAAUGUAAUUGAAGCUUCUAUGGCAUUGCAUGUGGCCUUUAAAUGGACUUGCCAUUUUUUAAACUGUUGGCUUUAAAUUGCAGAGGGACUUAUUCAACUCUGAGAAAGUAUAUUAUUUAGGAAGAUGUUAUUUGUUUCAUUCUUAUACAUGGUUAUAACCUUCAAUUAUUCAACUCUGAUGAACUCGUAGUAUUUUUCUUUCAUUUAUGGAUUAUUUAAACAUACUGAUGCAGUGAUGCUCUUGUCAAUUUAAAUUUGAAAUCCGGAGCAUCUCUCCUGCCCAAAUCAUAUACAGGGCAUUUUUUUGCCCUGUCCUCUCUCUCUCUCUCUCUCUCUCUCUCACACACACACACACACACACAAAAACAAAAACACACAAACCCGCAUAUACACAUACAAAAAAGAAUUACAACAUAAGUAACACACGACUCGCAUGUCACACCACAAAGAUACAUUUAUCAUAAGAUAAGCAUUCACAUGUUUUUUACUCUUGGGUUAUAUUUUGAUAUUAAUAUGUUCUUCAGAUACUUUGAUUGUUGUUUGUUAUUAUGAGAAUAUACUGAAGCUGUUGCUGUUCAUGAGGGCAUUUAAAUCAUGGAGAUGGGUGGUCAGGAAAAGACACAUUUUUUGAAAGGGGAACAUGCAGAGUCAAAAUGAAAGAACUGCAGUUUAUGGGAAUUGUUUGUACUGUCAGAUAGACGUAUGAAGUUGGGCCUUUUUCUUUUUUACUUUGCUUCCUCUAAUGUUUUUUCUUCUCUUUCACCAUCAGAUAGACGAAUGAUUGAACCCCUUCUACAUGUCGAAGUUGUUUUAUGAACUUGCACAUGAUAGGUGAUUUGGCUUACAAUAGUUUGGCUAGUUUACCUUGUGGCAUCAUUCAAGCUGGUUCAGAUUUGGAGUUAAAACCUCUAUGGUCAACAAGUAGUUCGAGGGAAAAGGUUGACGUUUCAAGCUCUCAUAACUUACUAGCAAUUCCAGUUGGUAUUACACAAAAGAGUAAUGUUGACGUUAUUAUUCGAGAGGUAUAAUUGUCUAUUAAUGCUUGUUAU